CUACCAGCAUAGACAGGAAACAUGAUGCCGAGGAGCGUCCUAUCCAGGUGUGCGCGCUUGACGCAGCAGGUGCCUUUGGAAAGCGCGCUGUCCACCAGACACGGCGUCCACCGCGGGAUGUCCUCUGUCACCAUCCCGCCACCAGCGUGCAUGCUCCGGCCGCUCGAGGCUCCUUUCCGGUACCUGUUUGGACCAGGACCCUCCAAUGUGCCGCCUCGCAUUUUAGCAGCAGGAGGGAGACCUAUAAUAGGUCACAUGCAUUCGGAAAUGUUCGGGAUUAUGAAUGACAUCAAGAAGGGAAUCCAGUAUUCUUUUCAGACCAGUAACAACAUGACACUGGCCAUGAGUGGCUCCGGACACACAGCGAUGGAGUGUGCAGUCUUCAACAUCGUGGAGCCUGGAGAAAGCGUUCUCGUUGCCAUCAAUGGAAUCUGGGGAGAACGAGUUGCAGAAAUUGCUGAGCGGAUGGGUGCAAAGGUUCACACCUUGGUGAAAGCACCUGGAGGACACUUUACAAAUGCAGAAAUUGAGCAGGCUCUGGCUAAACACAAGCCAGUUCUUUUCUUUCUGACACAUGGAGAGUCAUCAUCUGGUCUGGUGCACCCAGUGGAUGGCGUUGGUGAUAUUUGUCACAAAUACAACUGUUUGCUCUUAGUGGAUUCAGUGGCGUCACUGGGAGCUGCACCGCUUUUAAUGGACCAACAAAAUAUUGAUAUUCUCUAUACUGGUUCCCAAAAAGCCUUGAAUGCUCCACCCGGCACAGCACCCAUUUCAUUCAGUGAAAGGGCAUGCCACAAGAUGUUCAACAGGAAAACAAAGCCAGUAUCCUACCUCCUUGAUAUGACCCACUUAUCCAAUUACUGGGGCAAUGACGGCAAGCCAGAUAGAAUAUACCAUCACACAGGACCUGUGUCUGGUUUCUUUGCUCUGAGGGAAAGUCUAGCCAUCCUUGCUGAAACGGGUCUUGAGAACUCAUGGAAGCAUCACACAGAAGUUGCAGAGUAUCUCUGGAAGGGUUUGGAGGACUUGGGCUUGAAACUGUUCAUCAAGGACAAGGAUCUGAGAUUACCCUCCGUCACCACCGUUGCCAUCCCUGAAGGGUAUAACUGGAAAGAAUUGCUGGCUUACAUAAUGAAGCAUCACCAAAUCGAGUUUACUGGAGGUCUAGGCCCCACUGUUGGCAUGGUACUGCGGAUUGGGCUCAUGGGAUACAACUGCAACAAGGCCAAUGCUGCAAUGGCUCUCGCAGCUCUGGAAGACGCUUUAAAGCAGUGUCGAAAGUCCAAGGCCUGAAGAAAACGGUUGACCUAUAUAUUGUUGCAGUUUCAUAUGGUGAUGCUUGUAGUGCGAAAAUUACACACUAAUGUAAAGGAAGAGCUAUUAUAUAUGAGCAGUGUUAGGGAAAGUUACUUUUAAAAGGAAUUAAUCUCAAAAUUGCAUUACUUCCUAAAAAAAGUUUGUUACUUUUUAUGGAAAGUAAUGCGUUACAUUACUUUUGCAUUACUUUUUUAAUCUGGGCAGGGAUUGCUUGUUUUUAAUAUAAAAAAGUUCUUUCUUUUACAAAUGUAAAACUCCUUUCACAGCAAAAGUGAAAUGAAUACACCUCGGGCUAAAGGAAGUGUAAAUUCACGUCUGUACAGUAGAGGGCGCAGCUCAAACAAAUUGCUUGAAGAAUAUGAAGAAGAGAAGAAAGAUCAGACACUAUUCAGCAAUAACAAAUGUCAUUUUUGCUUAUUAGUAUGGUUGAGUUGUGAAGUCAGUAGCAAAGACACUGGUUAACAAAAUGGGAUUAUAUACAAAAAUUAUAUUUGUAAAAAUUA